CUUGAAAGGUGAUGCGAAACUUCACUUUCUAUUUGCCACCAAUCUCAGAGGAGAACCUCAAGCAAUGAAUGUGGCGGGGCUUGCACUGACAGCGAGGAGCCCCCGGUUGAAUGGGCUGGUUACUGCUGUAGAAGGGAGCACGCCUGGUGCAACACUGUACCACUCUGCCUUUGUCACUGAGAUGUGGACCUCCUCCUGACGGGCGGGACACCAGUUGACAAGAGCCGGGGAGAUCCGGAAGUGCAGUUCAUGGAAACAAAGUCCGAGCCGGUACACGUGAAAGGGAAAGGCCGGGGUGGCAGCGACAAGGAGCGGCGCCAGAGCCGGAGCCGGACCAGGACCAUGGCCCGGAGCAGCGCCGUCCACACGCCCUGCGCUGCCCGGCUCAUGGCAGCGACUCCCCUUCUUUAGCUCUUGUCUGCUCGGUGAAGGGAGGCGAUGGCCAUCACCCACGCCGCGGCGGAGUACGUAUUCAACGACUUUCUCCUGAAGGAGCCGGCCGACUCCAAGCUCAAGGCAGUGAGGCUGGAGCUGGCCGUGGACAAGCUGGUGACACUGGUGUCGGCUGGCUUGCCGCUCCUGCUCAUCUCGCUAGCCUUCGCGCAAGAAAUCUCCAUAGGUACCCAAAUUAGUUGUUUCUCCCCAAGUUCGUUCUCCUGGCGACAAGCAGCUUACGUGGAUGCAUACUGCUGGGCAUCACUGCAUCGACCUUCCCCAAAGACUGAUUCGGAGCAAUUACCUCUGUGGCUUCACAAGGUUUUUCCAUAUGUCCUCCUGCUAGUGGCCAUCCUUAUGUACGUUCCAUCCUUGUUCUGGCGCUUUACUGCAGCACCUCAACUAUAUGGCGACCUGACCUUCAUCAUAGAGGAACUUGAUAAGGCUUAUAACCGUGGAAUCAGAUUAGCACAGCACAUUGUCAACUCCAGUGGAUGUGAUGCUAACAGCUGCUUUGAAUCUUUUGGAGAACAAAGUGGUUCCAAGGAGAAGAAAGAGAAUUUUUUCCAGUUUCCAAUCGUGGAGCGUUACUUGAAAUCAAAAGAAGACUCCUGCAGCUUGUUGACAAUGUAUCUUAUCCGCAAAGGCCUCGCUCUCACUUUUCUUGUCUUUGCCUGCAUCUAUUUGGGAUAUUACAUCUCCCUCACCUUCCUUACCGAUGAAUUCAAAUGCUCAGUCAAAACGGGUAUUUUGGGAAAUGAAACAAGCAUACCAGAUUUUUUUCAGUGCAAACUUAUUUCUGUUGGUAUUUUUCAACUUCUGAGUAUUGUCAACAUUGUUGUGUAUAUCCUCCUAAUCCCAGUCACCCUCUACAGUAUGUUUUUUCCUUUAAGAAACAACCUCACUUUUCUGAAGGUCUAUGAACUUCUGCCACAGUUUGAGGUGAUAAUGUUUACUGAAGGCUGUUGGAAUGACUUGAGCCUUUACCUUCUAUUUUUGGAAGAAAACAUCAGUGAAGUAAAAUCACAUAAAUGUCUUAAAGUAUUGGAACACAUAAAAGGGAAAGAGUUGCUGGAACCUCCAUCAGUGAUGGAUGUAAUGUUGCCUUUAAUAGCCCUGGGACAAAUCAAAUCUGAUAUGAUAGAUGGUUUGACCAAAACCAAGAAAGCCGAGCAGAAAUCAGAGUCUGACACCGACCUAAAUGCCACACAAAUUAAAGUUAAAAUUAAACCAGAUUCUGUAGACGAUGGCACCAGAUCUGCAGAUGAAGAACGAGAUGACUGCUCGGCUGUAAGGCAAAGACUACUGGAAUCUCAGAUCUACAGUUCAAAUUGUUAGGAUGUAUGUCAUUUGGCUCUGUGCAUUCUAUUCCAAAAGAUCCACAUUCAUCAUUCGUUUGUGACAGUAUUAGCAAAAAGACUAUUUAUUGGAGAAUUAACUUUUUUCCUGUAUUUCUUAAUAUAUUUGUUCAGUCACCA